AUGGCGCAGCCCCGCUCCCUCCAGGCCUCCUGCCCCUUCCGCCAGGGCCCCCAUUGGCUGCGCCUGGGCCUGGCCCCGUCCCUCCUGCACGUGGAGCUCGAGGCCGCGAGCACCGGGGAGCGAUGGAGGGGGGACUUCGAUGCUGCUGCCAUUGAGGAGCUCACGCUCCGAACCGGGAAUUUCAAACACUUUGGGAUCUUCUGCUCCAUGCUGGAGGCGGCGCUGCUGCAGGUUCUCCACCUCCAGGCUCUCUCCUUCUCCCCCCCCUGCGGGGCUCCCCCUCCCCCCCCGCCCCGCCCCUUCCGGGCCCUUCGCGAGCUCCGAUUGGGCGGGCGCGGCCCCGACGCCGGCUCCGGCGUCACCGAUUGGCUCCUGCGCCGCCUCCUGCGCGCGGCCCCGCGCCUGCGCACUCUCGACCUGAGCGGCUGCGCGCGCAUCACCCCCGGAGCGCUGCUGGAGCUGCCGGCAGAGCUGGAGCUGCUCUGGCUGGGGCUGCCGGGGGGCGCGGAGCAGCUCCCUCGCCUCUCGCGGGGCAGCGCCGCCCUGACCCAUAGAUGGCGCCGGAGCCUGCGGGACCUGGACCUCAGCGCCCGCAGCUUCGAGGAGCAGGAUCUGGCCCAGGCCAUGGCCGCGCUGGGCCCCGACGCGCCGCUGAGGGCGCUCAACCUGGCCAGCACCAAGGUCAGCGCCCGAGGGCUCAGUGUCCUGCUGCGCUCCUGCCCUGCCCUCUCCUUCCUGGAGCUCUCCGGGUGCCGGCGCCUGCCCCGCGGCACCAAGCGCGCGCACCGGGGCCGGCGCGAGGUCCGGCGCUGCCUGAGGGUCAUGGCGGGGCUGGCCCCCGACGAGGAGGCGGCCAAUGAGGGGGCGGCCAACGAGGGGGCAGCCAAUGAGGAGGCAACCAAUGAGGGGGCAUCCAAUGAGGAAAUACCCAAUGAGAAGCCACCCAAUGAGAAGCCACCCAAUGAGGGGGCACCCAAUGAGAAGCCACCCAGUGAGGGGGCACCCAAUGAGGAAACACCCAAUGAGAAGCCACCCAAUGAGGAGAACACCAACAUGGAGCUUGACCAAUGA